AUGGAAGACGAUCUCAUUGUCGUGGAUGACGUCGAGGAGCAGUCAGCAGGUCCAUCCACGUCUAAUGGCGCAAGAGACGCUGACUUCGACUAUCGUCCAACCCGCGCGGCAACGCGCACGAUGACUCGUGCUGCCUCACGCAAGAACUCUCCUCCCACGUAUGGAACUAGCUUUGACUAUAUGGAGACUCGUGCUACUCGCUCUGCAACUAUGCGAAACAAACCCCAGCCGAAACUCAAGCUCAAGUUGAGCGAGAAGGCAGCCGCUCAAGCCCCUGGAAUCUCCUUUCUUGGUCCGUUUGACAGAGAAUUAGAUUCCGACGACGAGGAUUUGGUGUUUGAAGAGCAGUUCAUUCUAAGACUACCUCCUGGUGAAGACUGCGAGAAGCUCAGAAAGAUGGUUGCUGCGCGGGAAGUGAGUAAUGACGUCUGGUUUAAGUUCAAGGAUUCCCGGAGGGCUGUCUUCCAUAUUGGUAACAAUACUUACUCAUCGAAACUGGUCGACCUCCCGUGUGUGAUCGAGUCUCAGAAGACUUUGGACAAUAAGCAAAUGUUCAAAGUUGCAGACAUAUGCCAGAUGCUAGUAGUCGACAAUUCUGUCGAGAACGAAGAUGCCUUGACAAACCAUAGGAAUUUCAAUGUCGAUGAGUUCAUCUGGCCUCAUGGGAUUACACCACCGCUUCGCCACGUCCGCAAACGUCGUUUCCGUAAAAGAGUGAACCGACGAACAAUAGAAACUGUGGAGCAGGAAGUCGAGCGACUUAUCGAAGAGGAUUCUCUAGCAGCGGAGGUGCAAUAUGAUGUUUUAGAAAAUGUGAACCCAGACUUGUCAGACUCAGAGUUCGUCGAGAAGGAGGUUCUUGAUGCACCCACUCCCUUUAUUGGAUCAGAUGCAGGAGAUGCUCCCACCCCUGGUCCAGAUCACAUUGAUGCAGAGGAUGAAGAGGGUAAUGAAGAAGGGGAAGGUGAAGAUGAUAUUGAUGAGGAAUUGGCUGCUGAAUUGGACCUGGCACUCGGAGAUGAGGAGGCAGAAGGCGAUGAUGAGGACGACGAUGAAGAGGAAGACGAAAGUGAAGAAGACGACGACGACGACGAAGAUGAUGAGACUGUUCAAGCCCGCAAAUUGCUGAAUGAAGAGAUAAGGGAUUUGGAAGCAGCGGUUGCGAAGAAAGGAAAUGAAAUCGCAAGCUCUGCUAAUCCACUCAUUAAGCGGCGUUUCGAGGAUGCCCUGAAGAAAUUACAGGCUGAUUUAGAUAUGAAACUUGCUCAAAGGGACGAGUUGAAAGAACUGCAGCGCAGGAAGAAGGAAGGCAUCGUGACCGAGGACGCAGAUACCGAAGGUGGGAAUGGAGCGGAUGGCGACGACGGGUUGGAAGACAAUGAUGAUUUGUUCGGUGACAACCCCGGUACCUCGAUGGAUAUCGAUUAA